AUGAAUAAUCAACUAAAAGAAUUUCAAAUCUACCUUAAAAAUUCAAAAAAAGUAAUAGCAUUAGUAGGAGCUGGUCUCUCUGCUUCUUCAGGACUACCAGUAUUUAGAGGUUCUCAGGGUUUGUGGAAAAAUUAUAAUAUGAUUGAUUUAGCUACUCCAGAUUCUUUUUAUAUUGAUCCAAGUUUAGUAUGGCAAUUUUAUUCAUGGAGAAGAUAUACAAGUUUAAAAGCACAACCAAAUAAUGGUCACAGAGCAUUAAUAAAUUUAGUGGAUGAAUUUAAAAGUAAAAAUAGAAAAGUAUUGAUAAUUUCUCAAAAUGUUGAUGGAUUAUUUAAUAGAAUUCGACCCAAAAUUGAUGAAAUUUAUGACAUUCAUGGUAACUUAUUCACAUUAAAAUGUACAAGUUUUCUAUGUAAUUAUAUUGAGAAAAACAAUUUCAAACAACCAUUAACACCAGCAUUAAACGAAACUGAACAUGAAUUCGAACAUGAACAUGAAAUUGAUGAAUCGACCACCACCACCACCAAAAAUUCCCCAAAAUUCCAUCCAGUUAAAUCAUUAGAUGAAUCACAGCUACCUCAUUGUCCCAUUUGUAAAUCUUUACUACGUCCAGGAGUAGUAUGGUUUGGUGAAUCUUUACCUUUGGAUCUCAUAACAAAAAUUGAUAAUUUUAUUGAAGAUGAAGAUAGUAUACCUGAUUUAGUAUUAGUUAUUGGUACAAGUGGUACAGUAUAUCCUGCAAAUAGUUAUGUUGAAAGAAUCAAAUUAAAAGGUGGGAAAGUUGCCAUUUUUAACACUGACAUUGAUGAUAAAAUUGUGCAGGGGCAAGUGAAUGAUACUUGGGGAUUUAAAGGUGAUGCAGCUGAAUUAUUACCUAUUGCAUUAGAUUGUUUUUGA